AAGUGGCCCUUGAAGGCACAGACAGUAUCGUGAUUACUCAUUACCCUACUUUGACUGUUAACAUUUCCGAUUCCCCAUCGCCGCCGACGCCGCCGGGAAGCGCCGUCGCCAUGAAGAACUGCAGCCUACGCCGCCGCCUCAGACCAAGCGGCGCCAUGGAGGACAAGAGCUCUGGGUCCGGCCAGAAGGAAGAGGCGAGCACGACCAACCUUCCGGCGGAGGAGGCAGUGCCGGCGGCGGCCAGCCUCCUCACGGAUGACCUCAUCUUUGAGAUCCUCUCCCGCCUCCCCGCCAGGUCCGUCCACCGCUUCAAGUGCGUCUCCCCGUCCUGGCGCGACCUCAUCGCCGACCCCGCCAACCGCAAGAAGCUGUCCCAGACCCUCGCCGGCUUCGUCUACUGCACCCACGACACCUACGGCACCUCUGACCCCUUGUUCCACCACCCCCACUUCGCCAACGUCUCCGUCGGCGCAGGCGCAGCCCCGCCGGUGGACCUGUCCCUCCCUUUCUUGCCACCCGACGAAUACUGGCACGUCGCCCAGCUGGACACCUGCAAUGGCCUCCUCCUCUGCCUUGGCUACAUGGACCCUUGUGCUUCCACGGACAUGAAUUCGCCGGUUGAAGCCCGUUUCAUCGUGUGCAAUCCGGCCACCGAGAUGUGGGUCGACCUGCCCCCUAACCCGGAGGUGCGAACCGACCAUCGCAUCUUAGCUCGCUUGGCUUUUGAUCCAGCAGCCUCGUCCCAUUUCCAUGUUCUUCACUUUGAGGAGAUUGGUCUGGAGAAACUCGUCACGGGAGUGAACAUCUACUCUUCGCAAACUGGAGCCUGGAAGCACAGACAUAGCCCGUUGGUUGAGAGAAUUAGCCUGCGCGCUGGCCUUACAAGUGUCUUCUUUCAUGGUAUGCUGCACUUGCUUGGUGUUCUGAAACCCACGAAGAAAGACGACGAUGUGCUGCUGGUAGCAGUGGACAUGGAGGGGCAGGUGUGGAAGACUAUCCGUCUGCCAUCAGGUGGUUUGAGUUUUACAAUUGGACUGUCACAGGGGUGCUUGCACUACGCUACCACACCCCUAGCUACUGUCGACAAGAGCAAGAAGCAGAGUACCACACUGGUAGCAUCACUCUGGUGCAUGAAGGAUUAUGAUAGCAAACAAUGGAUCCUCAAGCAUAGCGUCAGCCAUGAUGAGUUGCAGAGCAUAACUAGGAUGGAGUACAAGGUGACUGCUAUUCAUCCAGACUGUGACCUUAUUUUCUUGGAUUCAUGUGUUGGUGAUACAUUGGCAUCAUACGACAUGCAACAUCGGAAAUUCCGUCGAAUCCUUAAUCUUCAGGAAAACAGGGCAGCGGUAUUUCUACCCUAUGUUCCACUGUUCUCAGGCUCGUUAGCAGGUGCAGAUGGGCAGUAGUGUUACCUACAAAUCCAAGCUUGUGCUUCCACCCAAGAAUUGGCUCUUCUGCAGGCGGAACUGUUUGUUUGUUGAUUUCUGGAUCCACCUAAAUCAUGUCAUCCAAUUGGCUCUUCUGCGGAGCAAUCCCUGGUAACCUUAGGGAUUAAGCAUAUUGCAAUUUUCAGAGAACGUUGUUACUGUUCUUCUUGUUUGUGUAGCCAUUAUCCUGGAUACGAAGUGGUUUCCUGUGGUUGAAUUGUUCUGUAAUUUGGUUUUCUUGGCGAUAAUAUCUAAGGAUUAUGUGUCCUAACUCCUAAUGUUGUGAGUGUAGUCUGUAAACUUUGUAGUCCUCAGAAUUUCGGUGAUGCAUUGCUAUUUAUCAAGGUCGUUUUAUCUC